UAUCAGUUCCAUUUCUGUUACCAACCGCGUGCGAUUUUCAACCGAAUCCGGAGGAUCUAUCCAUUUUGGCUAGUAAACAGAGGGAAUGCAGCGCCAGAAACCCAAGGGACCGGGCAAGCCAGGUCCACGAUUCAAGCCUGGCUCGGGCAAGGGCAAGGGAGCCCCCGGUGGCCGGGGGAGCGGCGACAACAAGCUGAAGCGUCCGCGCCAGGAGUUCAACAAAUCCCGACUAGCCGCCACCGAUGCAGAGAUCCAAGAACUUAAGGCCAAGUACGCGGAGAUAGAUGCGCCGGCCAUCAAGAAGUUCGCACAGUUCCCGCUGUCCAAGAAGACCCAAAAGGCGCUGGCGGAGUCCAAGUUCGUGCAUCCCACGCAGGUGCAGCGGGAGAGCAUUGGACCCGCCCUGCUGGGCAAGGAUGUGCUGGGUGCGGCGGUCACAGGAAGUGGCAAGACAUUGGCCUUCCUCAUACCCGUUCUGGAGCACCUGUUCAUAAACAAAUGGUCGCGCACCGAUGGCGUGGGCGCCAUCAUCAUCUCGCCCACCCGCGAGCUGGCCUACCAGAUCUUCGAGACUCUGAAGAAGGUGGGCAAGCAUCACGACUUCUCCGCCGGCCUCAUCAUCGGCGGCAAGAACCUGAAGUUCGAGCGGACUCGCAUGGACCAGUGCAACAUACUGAUCUGCACACCCGGCCGCCUGCUGCAGCACAUGGACGAGAAUCCGCUCUUCAACACGAGCACCAUGGAGGUGUUGGUCCUGGACGAAGCCGAUCGCUGUUUGGACAUGGGUUUCCAGAAGACACUCAACUCUAUCAUUGAAAAUUUCCCACCCGUACGACAAACGUUGCUCUUCUCGGCCACGCAAACGAAUACGGUGCAGGAUUUGGCGAGGCUUAACCUAAAGGAUCCAGUCUACGUCGGCUACGGAGGAGCGACGCCUGGCGAGGAACCCUCCGGCUCCAAAAAGAGCGGUCCGAGCACCGCUGUCUUGGCCGUGCCCGAGCUCCUGCAGCAGAGCUAUGUGGUGCUGAACCUCGAGGACAAGAUCACCAUGCUGUGGUCGUUCAUCAAGAACCAUCUGAAGCAGAAGAUCAUUGUGUUUGUGUCCAGUUGCAAGCAGGCCAAAUAUCUGUACGAGAUCUUCUGCAAACUGCGUCCGGGUAGCCCGCUGCUGGCCCUAUACGGAACCCUCCAUCAGGAUCGUCGCAUUGCCAUCUACGAGGACUUCCUUCGCAAGAGCCACGUUGUGAUGUUCUCUACGGAUGUGGCAUCGCGUGGCCUGGACUUUCCGGCCGUCAAUUGGGUGGUGCAGUUGGACUGCCCGGAGGAUGUCUCGCAGUAUAUUCACCGAGCGGGUCGCUCUGCGCGAAACAAGACACGCGGUGAGUGCCUUCUUGUGCUGACACCCAGCGAGGAGGAGUACAUGAUUGGUGCCCUCAAGGAGCAGUUGAAUAUUAACAUCCGUUGUGUGCAAAUCGAUCCCAAGAAGCUCUUCUCGCCGCGCGUCAAGAUCGAGGCCUUCCUGGCCCAAUUUCCCGAGCUAAGGGCCACCGCCCAGCGUGCCUUCCUCUCCUACAUAAAAUCCGUGUUCCUGAUGCGCAACAAGCGAUUGUUCAAUGUCUUCAGCCUGGAUCUGGAUGCAUUUGCUCAAUCGCUGGGUCUAGCGGUUACGCCGCGCGUUCCGUUCCUUGAAAAAUUCCUUUGGCGGCAGAAGCUGCAGCAGCAGCAGAAGGAACAGGGCGAUGCCCCACCAGCUGCCAAUCCAGUGCUUACCAAGAUGACCAAACAACAGAGCUUUGGUGGCGGUGAAGAGGAUGAAGAUGAAAGCGAUGACGAAGACUUUAUCAAGGUGAAACGUAAGGAUCACGAAGUCGAAGGAGGACCAGUGGAACUGGAUGAGGUCGAGGAUAAGGAGGAUGAGCCAGAGGGCCCACUUGUGGUGCCCAAGCGGGAGAAGCUAGUCACCAAGGCGUCGCUGGCCAAGAAGGCGCUGAAGAAGAACCUGCAGGUCAACUCCAAGCUCAAGUUCGAUGACGAGGGCGAAACGAUGGCCGAUGAUCGCAACCAAAUGAAGGCUCUGAGUGCCAGACAGCGAGCGGAGAACCAGGACGACGACGACGACGGAGGUAUCAAUCUGGUGCUCUCCAAGGCACUGCUGACCGAGGAGGAUCAGUAUGACAAGCAGCGAUUCCGGGAGCUGGUCAAGAAGCGACACAAGCUGCAGCGCGAGAAGCUGCGCAAGAAGACGGAGGAGGCCAAGGGCAGCGAUGAGGAAGACGAGGAGGAGGAGGACCAGGAUGCCGAAGAUGCCGGCAGCGAGAGUGACCAUUCAGUGGACCUCUCCUGGCUGCCAGAUCCCGACAAGGUCUACAAAAAUAAGGCGAGCAAAUCUGAUCGAAGUGCAGAAGCGCAUUCGGAUUCUGAGGCGGAGACAGGCGAUGAUGCAACCGACGAUGAUGCGGAAGUGGACGACGACGACGAAGAGGUCUCCGACGAUGAGCCUGCCUACAAAAAGUCGAAGCUAACGAAUAAGAUGACUCUGAUGGACACGGAGGCCAUUGCGGCCAGCCUUCUGGGUAGCUAAGUUAGGGCCUCGUCUGAGUGAAUAAAUUAAUGCCAAUUAUUUUUAAA